AUGAACCACGGUGUACGUGACGAAUGGAAACAUCGAUAUUACACAGCCAAAAAGCAGGCACCCAUGAUGGAAGAGCGAAUGACCGAUCAUCGUGCCCUGUUGGACGCUCUGAUGCGACGAGCUGUUACCUCGCUGAGACACAGCAAUACGGGAUCAGUUGAAGAAGAAGAAAUUGCACGGACAAUGGAGAAACGUCGCGAGGUCACUACGGAAGAAUACCGUUUGGCUGAAAUCAUGCUCAACUUAACCAAAGCAAUAAAACUACGAACUCAAGCCGAAGCUGAAGGUCGUCUUCUGAUGAGCGAGUUAGACCGUCGACGGGGAGAAAUGUCAAUGGUGAAGUCCACUUCACCCAAUCGUCGGGCUUACGUGUUCUCACUGUCUCCGCGGCGGCAACAUGCGGCCACCUCAGCCGCGCAUUUGCCACUGGAUGACGCACCGGAACAAGGAUUCAUGGGAGCUAGCCACGAUACUGAUACACUCAAAGUACAACCUGAGCCGCACACUCGUCAAACUCGGAGCAUGUCCUCCUUCAGUAACAGACCGCUUAUCACACAUGAACCGUCCACAGAAAGCAUGAACACAAAGCGAUCAAAAAGCUCGACGGAAAUGGAGAGACUACCCGGUGCUCCAAAGUUGCACGUAUCUGGUGGUUCAACAAAUGCCACUAGGUCGGAGUCGCGUCGUACUUCAGCUCACUCCAUCUCGCCAAAUCCCGUCCAAGUGCUGGAGGUGGAACAAGAAAAUUGA